CUUAUAUACUUUUUUUUUUAAAAAAAAACAUAAUGCCACCCGCGAAUCAGUAUAUCGAUGAAUUAUCUCUCGAACAGGAUGAUAUUAAUACUCGUCCUCCUUUAUUUUCCGAAAAUCAUUUAAAAUAUUUAAAUGAAAAAUUAGCGAAAUUACCUCCACAAAAAAUCUUGGAAUGGGCUCUUGUAACUUUACCAGGAUUGUAUCAAACAACUGCUUUCGGCCUCACAGGUCUUGUUAUCUUGGAUAUGAUAUCAAAAAUUAGUCAAGAUUUCGCCGAAGAAAAUGAAACCUUGCCACAACAUUUAAUUCCACUAAUAUUCCUCGACACUCUCUAUCAUUUUCCUGAAACUCUUCAAUUAGCAAAGAGGGCAUCAACUAAAUAUAAUGUUCCAUUACAUAUCUUUAAACCAAUUGACUGUGAAACGGUAGAAGAUUUCGAGGCGCAGCAUGGACAAAAAUUAUGGGAAACAGAUGAAGAUAGUUAUGAUUAUCUUGUUAAAGUUGAACCAUCAAGAAGAGCUUAUGAACAAUUUAAUGUUCUAGCUAUUAUCACAGGUAGAAGAAGAAGUCAAAGCGGUGAAAGAGGAAAUAUUGACAUUUUAGAAAUAGAAAAAGGUACAGGAUUACUAAAAUUAAAUCCUUUAGCCCAUUGGGAUUUUGCUAAAGUUCGUGCGUACGUUAGGGCAAAUGAGGUACCUUACAAUCCACUUCUUGAUAAGGGUUAUCGUUCAGUUGGUGAUUGGCAUAGUACUAAACCAUUGAACAAUAAUUCUUCAAAUGAAAGAGAUGGAAGGUGGGAGGGUAGAAAUAAAACCGAAUGUGGUUUACAUAAAGAUUACUUUAAAAUGAGAGCUGCUUUCGUUGCAUCUAAAAAGAAAAAAUCGGCAAAUGUCGUAGUACCAUCAUUAUCAGCAUUGUCAUCAUUAUCCAAUUAAAAAGUACACUAAUAUGUAUUAUAUUUUAUUUUUCAAAAGUAAAAAUUUAUUAAAUUACGUAUAUAAAAAUUAUUAUAGAAUGAUUAAUAUAUAUAUAUAUGCUGAAAUAAUU